GUCCAAUGUGAUCAUCAUGUAUGAUUGUGGCAACAGUAACAUGUUCUAUCAUUCACCAUCUCCUACUUGGUCUGCUAUGAGCCAUCGUGAUAUUCCUCACACGGCGCCAUCUGCCGCCACUUUUCUUGCCAUGUUUGCCCUAUAAAUGUAGAAGAACUCGCCCAGCCAGAACAUCUCAGGGAGUUGUGUUCGGCGUAGUCGACUUGACUGCUCACCUUGUCCUUGAUCAUGGCUACUGCUAACGUCAACCACGAAGGCUACCAUCGUCGGCUGCGUGUCGUCCAGUCCAUCAUCCAUAGCUACGGCCUCCAGUCAGUCUCAGUGACCCCUGUGGAAUACGUCGAACACAUCCCCUUUCAAUACAACAACUACAUCUACAAAGUUGAGUUGUCACAGCCAGCCACCACCGCAAACUUCGCCAACAAAACUCAGAGGCCCGGCACAAGUGUCCCGCCUGAGUCUGGCGUCUCUGUCUUGAUCCUCCGCCUUAGCAACCCACGUGCUGAAGACCUGAACAACGCCAACCGCGUGGAGAAUGAAGUGGCCGCACAAUCUCUCUUCCGCCAGCAGCUGUCUGCCUCCUACCCGGCCCUAACGCAUCUUCUCCCGGCCGUGUAUGCCUGGGAACCGUGCAGGUGGCCUUUGGUACCUGACGAGGCAGGUUUUGCAUGGACCAUGAACGAGUUCAUGCCUGGUGCCAACCUAGACGAGCAAUUCAGGGAGAUGCAGCUCGCAGAGAAACUUGCCGUGGUCGAGCAAGUUGCUGACAUAUUUGCCGCCCUGCAAAACACUCCCCUACCCUCAAGUCUGAAAACCCACAUCGGUGGUUUGACCUUCGAUGGUGCGACUGCGCAAGUUGUUGGGGCGCAGAUGCCCUUGACACCCGCCGGGCCUUGGGACAAGUACGAGGAAAUGUGGGUGUCGCAACUUCAAAAGCAGCUGGAUGAUGCGGACGGGAGCUGGGCGCUCAAAGGAUGGAAAGAAGCGGGCCUGCGCGACCGCAUCGACAAGCUUCUUGAUGCUGCCCGUAUAGCCCACUUGCUUGAGGGAGUGGACCUAUCUCAGCGGGUAUUGGUCCAUGCUGAUUUGACCAUGAACAACAUGCUUUUCGACAAGGAGAGCAAACGCGUUACUGCUUUGCUCGACUUCGACUUCUCGCGCGUGACACACCCUGUACAUGAAUACUUCACCGGCCUCUGGGAUUUGGGCGGCGGCUGGGUUCAUUCCAACGAUGAGAAGCUCCAUAGAGCCGUCGUUACAGGCAACUUUGAAGCGCGAGAUGAAGCUACCUCUCCUGAGGACAAGGUCGUAUGGGAAGUAGCGAAAGCUUGGAACUCCGCCCUGAAUGCCCGUGGCGUGCUUCGACCGUCGCAAAUCGGCGGGAUCGAGAAGUUGGAGAGGCUGAGGCAGUUUGAGGAGGCCUUGGCUCCAUUUCAUCUCUCCAGUACGGUCAGGUUGGAGCGACAGAAGCGCAAGACACCUCAGGAAACUGAUGAGCUCAUCAAGGAGGCCACGGACAGGCUAGAAUCACUGCUAGUAGAGCUCGGCGCUUGACAAUGGUCAAAGAACCCAUCCAUGUUGGGCACAAUACCGCCGUAUCAACAUAACAGGUACUGCAUUUUUCCCCCUUGAAGUAGCAAAAGGUACUAUUGGGCGAUCCUACUAGUUUCUAUUUCAUUUUGGAGAAAUCCAAGAUUAAAGUUGGGCAAGGGUGCAGUUUGGCCAGAGACAUCUUGGAGUAUGGCAUCAUGAUAGUCCGUUCAAGUGGCGCCUACAAAGAUUGACAAGGGCACGAUUGAUUUCUAGUGUUCUUCCACUCUGAUAACAUGGAGUAACCCUGAGAGUGAGUAAACGUGGUAUUGGGGUUGAAAUGGGAAGCUAGCAGUAUAAUAU